AUGGAUUUAGAGUUUUUACAGUCUGAGUUAGACUAUUACCCAGUCACCGUCCACCAGUUUCUGAGUGCCCCAUUUGCACUUGCUUUCUAUCACCUCUCCAUCACAGGACACCUUCACCUGACUGCAAGAUAUAUAUUCCUUAUGUUUGGAGGACUUCUUUUAGCGAUUGUUUCCAUGGGGCAUUAUGCCGUGAUGGUGCUCAUACCUGCUGUUUUUGCAGUGGUACUUAUACACUGCCUGAAGCCUAGAAUUGUUCACAAAUGGACCUUCCUCAGUCAGAUGACAUGGCAAACACUUUGCCACCUCUGGCUACACUACAAAGAAUAUUAUCUACAAGAAGCAACAGACAUCAAGUUCCAAAUAGCCCUGUCAUCUCUAAUGCUGUUAACCCAACGAGUGACAUCAGUGUCAUUGGACAUUCUUGAGGGCGAAAUCAAGAUCACAGCUCGAAAAGUACAGCAAAAUCGCUUUGAUGCUGACACUCUCUGUUGUUCAUUGCCGUACCUCAGCUACAUGCUAUAUUUCCCUGCACUGCUCGGAGGGCCUCUGUGUUCCUUUCAAAGGUUCAAAACUCACGUGGAAAAUCUUAAGGAGUCUGAUCAGAAAUGUACUGCCAAACCCUUAUGGUCUUUCUUUUACAAGUGCAUACAGUUUUUUGUGUUAAAUAUGCUCAGAGUGGCGGUAAGGAACUGUGUUAGUGUUAUUAAACAUCGUGACCAAAGAUCCACUCAGUGGAAUGUUCCUGAAGAUAUUUUCAUGAUUUGGACAACAGCUUUAAUGUUCAGAUUAGCAUAUUACUCUCAAUGGCUUCUUAGUGAAUCUCUUAACAAUCUAGUUGGCCUGGGAUUGGAAAAUGACAGGAUUCAACAGUCUACCCUCUCCGAUACUGAUAUCUGGACACUUGAGACAACUAAUAAGAUAUCCGAGUUUGUUCGAGUAUGGAACAAAACCACAGCAGGUUGGCUAAGGAGAAUGGUGUUUCAACGCAGCAAAGUUCAGCCUUUCAUAUCAACAUUUAUCUUUUCAGCUUGGUGGCAUGGCCUUCAUCCUGCCCAGAUCUUUGGAUUUCUGUUGUGCGCUGCCACUGUAAAAGUGGACUAUCGUGUUCACCAAUAUAUGGUCCCACUCACUGCGAGAUCAAGGUUCCUAAGGUUAUUCUAUAAAAUUGUGACAUGGAUGCAAACUCAACUAGUAAUUGCAUACGUUUUAGUCGCUGUGGAGUUGAGGACCUUUUCUUGUGUGUUGGUGCUGUGCAAGUCUGUGUGUGCUGUCAGCCCAUUAGUGUACAUACUGAUGCUAAUAGGUAUGCCAAACAAAGCCAAGUAA